AUGGAUGUUCUAGGGGAAACUCUUGGUAUCAAAGUCGAACCUUCCGAGGUACGAUUGAAGAAUGAGGACGACUUGGGGUACACUUGGCAGAUAUACGAUUUAUCGCUUGAGCCUAUAUUCCAGAAAUCCCUGAGCAAGCAUUCAGAGAACGAAAAGGAUAGAGGUGUUGAUUUUAUCAGCAAACUACUAGCCGAGAACCUGGAUCUCGCUGAAAAGCUGAGGCGGGUUCAAGACGAAGCAUCUCGUCAUGAGAAUGCUGCCCUAGAAGGAGAAGAAGAGAUUCGAGAUCAGAAGUCAGUCAUAAGAGAGGCUCAAAUGACUGUUCAUUUACAGCAGCAAGACAUUCUGAAGUGGAUGGCCACAUCUGAGUGGUAUCGUGCGAGAUGUUUGAAGGUCUCGGACUCUUUUACGUCAUAUUUUGGCAUUUUUGCAAGGGAAUCUGUCUGA